AUGGCAAGCACAAAACCUGUAACAUUAGUCAUUGGUGCUUCUCGUGGCAUGGGUCGACAGAUAGCAAUUGGUCUGGCAGGAGAAGGCUACACAGUGGUCGUCGCAGCAAAAACAACCUCAGAUCCCGAAAAACUGGCUACCUUCCCACCAGAUCCAAAUUCAUCUCAGAGCACUAUCAAUACAGUCGCAAAAGAGAUACACUUGCUCGGAGGAACCGCGAUCCCCAUGGCAGUUAACACACGCUCAACAGAAUCAGUGGAUAAACUGUUCGCCAGAGUCUCCACCGAGCUCGGUCGACUCGAUGUGUUGGUUUAUAAUUCUGGAGCCAUCUGGUGGUCUUCGGUAGCCAAGACGCCAGUCAAGCGAUUCAAGCUGAUGCAAGAAGUCAAUAUCGAGGGCUUGUACUCUAGCAUCCAAGCUUCGUUUCCGCUGUUCGAAAAGAGUGGUUGGAAGGGACGCGUGAUUGUCGUUUGCCCACCAAUAUACAGCCGAUUCUUUAGAGGCAAGACCGCAUAUGCUGUGGGAAAAGUAGGAAUGAGCGUGUUGGUUAAGGGGUUGUCUAUGGACUGGAUCCGAGAAGCGAAGACAGAUAUGGCAAUCAAUGGUAUCUGGCCUGCGGUGGCUAUCGAGAGUGCCGCAACUCAAGAUGCCGUCGCAGCUGAUAUGGACAGGAGAGGCGAUCUUAGGAAGCCAACCAUUUUCUCGGACGCCAUUCUAGCUAUGCUCAGCUCGCCGACGAGAGAGGUAAACGGGCUCUUGACAACCGAUGAAGACUUUCUCCGCGACGUUGGAGGUGUGGCUGAUUUCAGCAAAUACAAUCUUGUGCCUGGAUCGAUUCCAAGGAGAAUCAUGCCCAAAGAGUUUCCGGACCUGACCGUUGAAGGGCAAGAUGACGAGGGUGUGAGGACGGAUAGCACAAUUUUGCGUGCAAGGCGUCAUGCGAGGCUCUAA